CAGCUCACUGCAGCCCCCAAUAUAAAUCGCAAACCACAUCACUAACCACCUCCCUCAAGUCACCCACACCCACACCACUUACACAAAAUGUCCACCACCCCCGCGUCCGCCUUCCCCGCCGGCGUCAAGCCGUUCGCCGAGCGCGCCCACCCGCGCACAAUCUGCAUGUUCGACGUGGACGGCACCCUCUCCCUCGCGCGCCAGCAGGCCACCCCCGAGAUGAUCGCUGCCCUCAAGGCUCUGCGCGAGAAGACGGCCAUUGCGUUCGUCGGCGGCUCGGACUUGAGCAAGAUUGUCGAGCAGCUCUCGACCGGCGGCAACGAUGUUCUCAACUCGUUCGACUAUGGCUUUGCCGAGAACGGCCUGACGGCCUACAAGCUCGGCCAGAAGCUCCAGUCGGCCUCGUUCAUCCAGCACGUCGGCGAGGAGGAGUACAAGAAGCUCGCCAACUUCAUCCUGCGCUACCUCUCCGAGGUCGACAUCCCCAUCAAGCGCGGCACGUUCAUCGAGUUCCGUAACGGCAUGAUCAACGUCUCGCCCAUCGGCCGUAACGCGUCGACGCAGGAGCGUAACGACUACGAGGUGUACGACAAGCAGCACGGCAUCCGUGCUGCCUUUGUCAAGGUCCUCCAGGAGAAGUUUGCCCACCUCAACCUCACGUACUCGAUCGGCGGCCAGAUCUCGUUCGACGUCUUCCCCCACGGCUGGGACAAGACGUACGCUCUCGGCAGGCUCGAGGGCGAGGGCUUUGACGAGAUCCACUUCUUCGGUGACAAGACCUACAAGGGCGGCAACGACUACGAGAUCUACAACGACCCCCGCACCAUUGGCCACGCCGUCAACAACCCCGACGACACCCUCAAGAUCCUCCACGAGCUCUUCCUUUCCAAGUAGACGCGGCGUACAGCUGCCAGACGGACUCUGCCCAUAGAUUCAUGAUGAAAAAAUAGUACAUUGUGGUGCGGAGAGGCUCAGGUGUGCCCAGAAAGCUAUCCCCUUGUCUACCUCUAUGCCUCGGCGGCACCAGCCACUUCCAUCUACAGCUCGGCCACACCGAGGGCCACCUCGACCUCGUCGCGCCCACGGCGCAGCAGGGUCUCGGCAAACUCGUAGCCCUCGUUCUUGUCGAGCACAUGGUCGGCAACCUCGGCAUACGCCGUGGCAAUGCGCCGCAGCGCUGUGCGGUGGAUACCCUCCGCCAGGCGGGGGUUGGAGAGGAGCGCGAGGCGGGGAGACGUGAGCGGGUCGUGGUUGGUGAGGAAGGACGAGAACUGGGUGAGCGCGGCGGUGAGCUCUUUCGGCGUGGCGCCAGGCAGGCGCGAGAGGGGCGUGUCGGCUGGCCGUGUCCUGAUUGCCUUCAUGACGGGCGCCAGGCCACACUGCUCGAGCAGCUUACCGUGGUGCUCGAAGGUCAUCGACUCGAUAUGCGUCUGCACCUGCUCCUGCAGCGUGGACACGCGCGGGGCAGUGAAGGGGUAAAUCUCGAGCGUGUGCUGGAGGUACUCGAGGCAGUUGACCAAGAAGACGUCGCGGUCCCAAGCGCCCGACGAGGGCGAGCUCUGUUUCCGCAGGUCGGCCAUGCGCUCGCACAUCUCGACGGCGGGGUCGACGGCCGCGUUGAGCAGCUUGGCAAAGUCGCCCUCGCGCUCGGCGUCGUCCACCAGCGACGUGUCGUACACUGCGAUGAUCUCGCGGAGCACCUGGCUCGCGUCGCGCAGCGCGAGCGGCGGGCUGAGGUUGGCGUCAGGCGGGUGCAGGAAACGCAGCAGUGACCGGCCCUGCGCCUCGAGCGUCUCGAAGAAUGCCGCGUCGGCGUGCUCGUACAGC